AUGGUCUUCAUCGCCGAGCAAGAGCGUGUCGAAGGAUUCACCCAUGUUCUUCUUAUCACUACUGGCAGCGUCGCCUCAGUCAAAGCACCCUUGAUUGUCGAAGAAUUGCUGAAACACGAAAAGGUCAAGAUAGAAAUCGUCGCCACUCAACCAUCACUCACUUUCUUCAACGUGGACAAUGUUACCAAGGCAGGAGGUAGAGUUUGGGUUGAUCAAGACGAGUGGAAGGUGCAGUGGCUGUCUUCAUUCAGCGAUUACAAGAUCGGCGAUCCCAUUCUUCACAUAGAAUUAAGACGCUGGGCAGAUGUUGUUCUCGUGGCUCCUUGCUCUGCGAAUACUCUAUCCAAGAUCGCUCACGGAAUAUGCGACAACCUUGCCACGUCCCUCCUUCGUGCAUUGUCUCCCACCACACCAACUUAUGUUUUUCCAGCCAUGAACACGCUUAUGUACGAGCAUCCUUUAACAUCCGAGCACCUUCGUGUUGUUCAAGAAGUCGUGCGGUAUACUGUUGUCGGUCCAAUAGGAAAAGGUUUAGCUUGCGGAGACGUCGGCUUAGGAGCUAUGACAGAGUGGCGAGAUAUCGUUCAAAUCGUUGUCGAUCGGUUCAAGCUCAUUCUGAAAUGA